AAGGGAGAGGAAAAGUAGAGAGUUAGGGCGUAAAAGAAAGGCAUACAAAAUUCCGUCCUUGGAAAUGGCGGGAAAGAGUGAGUAGUCGAGGAGGGAAAAUCUUUGAUCUCUCUCAUUCUCUCUAUCUCGCGCCUCUACUUCCCCUUCUCAUUCUCCGUCGUCUUCCCAUCUCAUUCUCCGUCGAAGGAGGUGAUAGUACUUCAACGCAAAUGGCUGACAUCGAAACCCUAGGCAUUCUCCAGGACAUCGAAUCCCUCGUCGCUGAUAAGCUUCAAGUGGUUUCCUACAAGUGGCUAAGUCGCAGUUAUUUGAUAUCUUCGGAUACUGCAAAGAGGUUGCUUCAGGAAUUUGUUGAAAAGCAUGAAAGUGGAUUACAAGUGGUCUAUGCCUUGUCCGGAUGGUUGAAAAAUGACCCCCCAAGCUACCAUAUUAGGCUUGUUUCUGAUUCAAAACUUCCUGAAGCAAAGCAAGAUUUUGAUGGCACCUGCUCGAUUCAAGUUUAUAGUGUUCAAGCUUCCAUCCCAAAGGAUCCAGCCGCACUGUGGAAUGCUGAAUUUGUUCAGGCAGAAGAGCUCUUCAAGCAGCCCUUCACUGUUGGCAAUUGUUUGCGAGAUAACAGGUUCUGUGGAAUUUCCAAUUCCUAUGUCAAGCGCAGCAUUGGUGAGAUACCUGCAAGCGUUGCGGCUCCUCAGCCAAGAAGUGCAGUGGGUGCAGAAUCAACAAAAAAGAAUGAAUCAUGUCAAAAUACUGCCAUUCCUCAACCUCAAAAAAGUGAAAUGCACAAAGUUAAUCCUAAUGUUGGUCUACAGAGUCCCCCUGUGGUUAAAGAAGUUAAAGGUGAAAAUAACAGUACAGGGUCAUUUCAUCAGACCUCCAAGCCAAUUGCAGUUAAAGAAAAAGUUGCUUCCUUACCUGCUAAUAAGAAGAGACCUCAAAGUGAUAAAACCUCUUCCAGCACUGAAGGUUCAUUAGCAAACUUGUGGGGACGUGUCCCUACUAAGUCCAAGCUCAGUGACAACCAUGAAAAUGUGAAGCAUGCCACUGCAAACCCUACUGUAUCGAGUGCAGAGGCACAAAUUUGCGCACAUGAAGGACUACAGAGCGACAACAGUGAUGAUGACGAUCAAAAUGUAAAUAUCAAGAGGACCUCCAAUGAAAGUGGAAGAAAAAGGAGGGUGGUUAUUGAUUUCUCAGAUGAUGAAGAUUUUGAAGAUGCAGUCAGUUUAGCAUCACCUGAAAAUCCGAAGGAUCAAUCAUGUUUAGAUCUGAAGCAGAACACUGAAUUGCAUGAAGAGGAAGCUCAUUUGAACAAUGACAAACAACAGAACGGUGAACUGAAAAUGGAGGAGGAAAAGACCUGUGUAUCGAAGCAAUCCUUGGCAGAAGAAAAACAUCAGAAUUCCUCCCUUGCAGUGAAAAACGAGGCUUGUGCCCAUGAAAAUGUCUCUAAUAAUAGAGAGAAACCAAUAGAUGCUGCUCCUGCUUCACCCAAGAGGAGAAAAGUAUUGAGGACAAGAAUUGAUGAGCGUGGGAGAGAAGUAAAUGAGGUGGUUUGGGAGGGUGAAGAGCAGGAACAGAAGAAGGAUGAUGUCUCUUCAACAAAAAAAUCUGAUCAUAAAGCAGCAGAGACUACUACGAACAGGCCUCCUCCGGCCAAGAAGUCACCAGCAUUGGGCAAUAGUGGUGCAAAUGCAGCAGGGAAAGCAGGAGCCAAGAAAGCUGGAAAUGCGACUGGUCCCAAACAAGGAAAUAUUCUUUCUUUUUUCAAGAAGAUUUGAGGAAAUGUCAGUCGAGCAACUUUGUAAAUGAAAUGUUUAUGGUAUCCAGCUUUUGAUACCCUUUUUCUGUUUUUUUUUUACUCUUUUUCUGUGGAUUGAACGGUAGUUAAUAAAUGCAAAGCUAGGUGUUGAUUUUUAUGAAAAA